CCUACUUUUCUCAAUCGAAACGGAUUCUAUACAAGCUAUCCCCUGUCUAAGGGUAUUCCUACGAUGACACCAUGCAACUCCCUACUAUCAUCUCUUGUACUACCAACAGUAUGGCCGAGUAUGAUGAUAUAUACGCACAGUCAUGGAAUGAGACAGUAAGGGAGUGCGAAAAUAAAUUAGAGCGACGUGACUACGAGCGUGCUUUAGGGGUCAAAUCGCUCGAAGACUUCCGAAAUGAGUUGCGAAGGCUGCUAAGCGAUUAUCCCGACGAACCUUCAAGGACUGCAAUUAAACUCCUCUAUCCUACCUUAGAGCAUUACGAAACCUUUGCCCGAAUUUUCGUCGACAUGAUGUACCAUCCUAUUGACACAUCUAUGAUGUGGGGACUGUUGUCCUUAGUCUUCAAGGCAAGAAAACUUGCUCUAGAGAGCACAGGAGAAACCAAUCCGCUCGACAAUAUUACAAGAUGGCUGGAAAAUAUUGGUCGCAAAUUGCAGGAUUCUAACGACUGUUAUCAGAGAAUCACAGACUCUGUAACGGUCAAGAAUGAUAUAAUAGAGGUAAAUAGGGAGAUUGUCAUUCUUUGGAUAAAUAUCAUCAUGACAUUUCGCAAUAAGGGUCAGGGGCACGAAAGUUUUCUCAACAAAAGCGCACUUGAUGAUAUAACCGACAUUUAUAAUGCGGCCUACCAGAACAUCACCGAAGCCGUAAGGCGUAUUGAAAAAGUAGCAAAGCUAGCAGAAAGACAAGCAUACCAAACGAUCCUACAGAGCAUACUUUCGCUAAAGAAUCAACAACGAGAAGGUGGCUCAAUACCGUGUAAUACUCUCCCGAUAGCUGAGAACCGCCUAUUCUAUGGCCGUCAGGGUAUCCUAUGUCAGAUAGAAGAUUACCUACGGCCAGCAGACACAGGUACUCGACUUUCUUCCAUGGCACUGUAUGGCCUUGGUGGCAUCGGCAAAACGCAAAUUGCACUUGCCUAUGCGUAUCAAAGGUUGGAUGACCUCGACGCAGUAUUCUGGAUAUCUGCCGAAAACACCUACACCAUCCAACAAAGCUUCAGUCACGUUGCUAUCGACGCCCUUAAACUUCCGAAAGCCGUUCCCCAAGCAAACCAACAAAAUAUGAUACUGGUACUAGACUGGUUACAAAACACAUCUGCUAAGUGGCUUCUCAUAUUCGAUAAUGUCGACGAUCAUAGCGUCCUUGACAAUUGCUGGCCUGCUUCUAAACAUGGUGCCAUUCUAGUAACUACUAGAGAUGUUCUUGUUGCCUCUCUUCCUAUUGACACUGGACUUGAAGUGAAUGAAUUUAAUGAUGAAGAAGGUGCUGAGUUUUUACUCCACAUGACACACGGUAGGCAACGGGUUGAUGGGGAGUUAGAAGCAGCACGACUUGUCGCGGGGGUAUUAGGUGGCUUACCACUUGCUCUCAACCAAAUGGCUGCUUUUAUCAACGCAAGGAGCUUAUCAAUCCCCGAAUUCUAUGUCGCGUAUAUCAAGUAUGAUUAUCACUUACAUACACAGAAGAAGAACGGCUAUAAGUAUUUAGGCUACCCACACGCCUUAGAUACGGUAUGGGAAAUUUCCUUUGCAACUCUAGGAAAUCAAGCUCGAGCUUGUCUUGGCGUUUUGAGCUUCCUCGCUGCCGACGACGUCCCUGCAGAAAUUUUCACGGCUACACAGCCCGAUAGACUACCGUGCACCUUAUAUUUUUGCACUGAUGAGUUAUGCCUCGGCGAGGCCAUAGAAGAGCUAACUCGCCACUCUCUAGUUAGAAGGAAUAUCCAGCAAAGAAGCUUUCGAAUCCAUCGACUAGUACAAACAGGGUACCGAGCCAAAUUAGAAGAACCCCAACAAGACUUUGAGGCAGCCGUAAAGUUAUUGCUUGAGAAGAUCCCAUCUCAACGAUCGAGUAGAUUUGACAACGACGAAUGGAUCCUGUAUGAGAAGUAUAUCCCCCAAGUUCUUUCACUUGUAAAGAACUACAACGAUUCUCAAACUAAGCCAAAGCCUCUAAAACCAAACGAGGAUUUUGUUAGACUUCUUACUAACUCUUCCUAUGCGAUACACGACAAUGAUACCGUUAAUGUCAUCCCAGAGUUACUUCAUACUGCUGAUUCGGCAUUUCACGAAUGUACAGAGGUAAACCAGGAUAGGUUACUUUGGGCGCUCUUACAAUAUUUGAAAUGCAUACAUCAUUUCUGUACUUCCGAAUUCAUCAAAUCGGAAUUGGAAAUGGCGGAAAGUCUUCGUAUUCGCUUGGAGUUACUUCCCCCAAACGACCUACUCGUAGCUGUUGCGUAUAGCGGCCUUGGAAUGGCCACUGGUGCUCAAGGGCGUUAUGAAGAAGGUCUAGAGUGGCUACUAAAAGCAGGAAAGAUUUACGAAGGCCCAGACGGGGAGAAUCCCUCGAGGAAACUGGUAUGGUGCUAUAAUAUUUCGCGUAACUACUACUGUAUGGGCAGAUACGAAGAAGCCGAAAAUAUUUUGGAUCAUGCAUUGAAAGUUGCGAACCGGCUACAAAGUUGGUAUAUGCAAGUUUAUGCCCAUCUUACAUUUACUUCACUUCGAAUCAGGACGAAUAACCUUGACGAAGCAAAACAACAUGCUGAGACAGCUAAGAACUUGCUAGAAACUUCCGGAACAUCAGCCCGCUUCAGCUGGCUUAGCUCUUAUUGUGCAUAUCGUGUAGGUCAGGUGGCAAUGAAGCAAGGUCGGACUAAUGAUGCCAUAGAGGAAACAGCAAAGGCGACAGCUAUCGGGAAGCUUGUGAAUGUACCAACGGGCAUCCUGGCUCGGUGUGUGCACAUCUACUCAAAAGCAUUGGGAAUGGACCCCUCAAGACAAGAGGAAUCGGAAACACAACGGAUGGAAGCCAGACGACUGCGAGCAUCAUUACCAGAUGGAGGAGGUGACCCAGACGACGAGACUGAUGAGGCCUUUGAGAAACUCGUAAAGAUGGACCAUCGAUAG